AUGAAGUACUUUGUUGCCAUUGUUCUGCUGUUUGCCGCUGCCCAAGCAGUGCCCAUCGAACUGGGCCAUUAUCCUCUAGUGCAUCAUCAGCCUGUGCUAGCACAUGCGGUGCAUGCCGUGCACGCCGAGCCGGUGGCCUACCCCAAAUACUCCUUCAACUAUGGCAUUAAGGAUCCGCACACGGGUGAUAUUAAGUCGCAGGCUGAGGAGCGCGAUGGCGAUGUUGUGAAGGGACAAUACUCGCUGGUCGAACCCGAUGGCUCGGUACGCACCGUAGACUACACUGCCGAUGAUCACAACGGCUUCAAUGCCGUCGUCCAUAAGACAGCGCCCAAGAUCAUCGCACACGCACCGGUCGUGCACGCCCCCGUCCUGGCACACGCUCCUCUCCUGCAUCAUUACUAA